CCUGGCGGCGCGCACGGCAUGGCGGCGGCGGCGCGCGCCUGAGGAGAGGGGACGCCCGCCCGGUCAGGCUUCGGCGCGGCCUACACGCUUCGCUUGCCAGCUCGCCCCUCCCGCCCCGUGCCCGGCUAUGGCGGAGCCCUCGUCCGCCCGACGUCCGGUGCCCCUCAUCGAAUCGGAGCUGUACUUCCUCAUCGCCCGGUACCUAUCGGCGGGCCCGUGUCGGAGAGCGGCCCAGGUGCUGGUGCAGGAGCUGGAGCAGUACCAGCUGUUGCCGAAGAGGCUGGACUGGGAGGGCAACGAGCACAACAGGAGCUACGAGGAAUUGGUCUUGUCCAAUAAGCAUGUGGCUCCUGAUCAUCUGUUGCAAAUCUGCCAGCGCAUCGGCCCUAUGUUGGAUAAAGAAAUUCCACCCAGUAUUUCAAGAGUCACUUCUUUACUUGGUGCAGGAAGGCAGUCUUUGCUACGUACAGCACAAGACUGCAGGCACACAGUUUGGAAGGGCUCUGCCUUUGCUGCUCUUCAUAGAGGAAGACCUCCUGAAAUGCCAGUGAAUUAUGGUUCCCCACCAAAUCUUGUGGAGAUACAUCGAGGAAAACAACUCACAGGGUGUUCCACUUUUAGCACAGCAUUUCCAGGAACUAUGUAUCAGCAUAUAAAAAUGCACAGAAGGAUUCUCGGACAUCUGUCUGCUGUUUACUGUGUAGCAUUUGAUAGGACAGGACAUAGAAUCUUUACAGGUUCAGAUGACUGUUUAGUAAAGAUUUGGUCAACACAUAAUGGCCGCCUGUUAUCUACGUUAAGAGGUCAUUCUGCAGAAAUUUCAGACAUGGCAGUAAACUAUGAGAAUACAAUGAUUGCUGCAGGUAGCUGUGAUAAAAUUAUUAGAGUGUGGUGCUUGAGAACUUGUGCUCCAGUUGCUGUGCUCCAAGGACACACGGGAUCAAUUACAUCUUUACAGUUUAGUCCAAUGGCCAAAGGCUCUCAAAGAUACAUGGUUUCUACUGGUGCUGAUGGGACAGUUUGCUUUUGGCAGUGGGAUUUAGAAUCCCUGAAAUUUAGUCCACGUCCCCUGAAGUUUACUGAAAAGCCUAGGCCUGGUGUUCAAAUGCUUUGCUCCUCUUUUAGUGUUGGUGGUAUGUUUUUAGCCACAGGUAGUACUGAUCAUGUAAUCAGAAUGUACUUUUUGGGUUUUGAAGCACCUGAAAAAAUCGCAGAACUUGAAAGCCACACUGAUAAAGUAGAUAGCAUCCAAUUUUGUAACAAUGGUGAUCGGUUCCUAAGUGGUAGCAGAGAUGGAACAGCACGGAUUUGGAGAUUUGAACAGUUAGAGUGGAGAAGCAUUUUAUUGGAUAUGGCUACCAGAAUCUCAGGGGACUUAUCUUCAGAAGAGGAAAGAUUUAUGAAACCCAAAGUAACUAUGAUAGCUUGGAAUCAGAAUGAUAGCAUUGUUGUCACAGCUGUGAAUGAUCAUGUUCUCAAAGUGUGGAAUUCUUAUACUGGACAACUGCUUCAUAACUUAUUGGGACAUGCUGAUGAAGUAUUUGUUUUGGAGACACAUCCCUUUGAUUCCAGAAUUAUGUUAUCUGCAGGACAUGAUGGCAGCAUAUUUAUAUGGGACAUUACAAAAGGCACCAAGGUGAAACAUUAUUUUAAUAUGAUUGAAGGACAAGGACAUGGAGCUGUGUUUGACUGUAAGUUUUCACAGGAUGGACAGCAUUUUGCCUGUACAGAUUCUCAUGGACAUCUUCUGAUAUUUGGUUUUGGAUGCAGCAAACCAUAUGAAAAGAUUCCCGAUCAGAUGUUCUUCCAUACUGACUAUCGACCACUGAUUAGAGAUUCUAAUAAUUAUGUCUUAGAUGAGCAAACUCAGCAGGCUCCUCAUCUUAUGCCUCCACCAUUCUUGGUAGAUGUAGACGGAAAUCCUCAUCCAACUAAGUAUCAGAGAUUAGUACCAGGCCGAGAAAAUUCUGCAGAUGAACAUUUGGUUCCACAGCUAGGCUAUGUGGCAACAAGUGAUGGAGAGGUAAUUGAACAAAUUAUAAGCCUACAAACCAAUGAUAAUGAAGGAAGCCCCGAGUCUAGUAUUCUUGAUGGAAUGAUAAGACAGUUGCAACAGCAGCAAGAUCAGAGAAUGGGAGCAGAUCAAGAUGGUAUUCCAAAUGGACUUCCAAAUGUAGAAGACACACCCCGAAGAGGUUUCAGAAGACUUAGCUUAGACAUCCAGUCCCCUCCAAAUAUUGGUUUACGUCGUAGUGGACAAGUGGAAGGUGUUCGUCAGAUGCAUCAAAAUGCUCCACGUAGUCAGAUUGCUACAGAACGCGACCUGCAGGCUUGGAAACGAAGAGUGGUUGUUCCAGAGGUACCACUAGGCAUAUUUAGGAAGCUGGAAGACUUCCGAUUAGAGAAAGGUGAAGAGGAACGAAAUCUUUAUAUAAUAGGAAGAAAAAGGAAGGCUCUCCAACUGUCACAAAAGUCGGAUUCGGUGGUUUUGGUGUCACAAUCUAGACAGCGGACAUGUAGGCGUAAAUAUCCAAAUUAUGGUAGAAGAAAUCUUAGCCAGCGUGAGUUAUCUUCUGGAAAUGACUCUUCAAGCUCUGUAAGACAAGAGACUUCCUGUGAUCAAAGUGAAGGUUCCUGUUCUUCUGAAGAAGAUGAGUGGAAGAGUGAUAGGAAAAGUGAAAGUUAUAGUGAAAGUUCAAGUGACUCUUCAUCCAGAUAUUCUGAUUGGACAGCUGAUGCAGGUAUCAAUUUGCAGCCUCCUUUACGCAUGUCAUGUCGUCGGAGAAUUACUCGAUUUUGUAGUACUUCAGAAGAUGAGCUAUCUACUGAAAAUUUAUCUCCUCCAAAAAGACGACGACGACGAAAGAAGAAAGUAAGCAAGCCUAAAAAAGAGAAUUUGCGGAGGAUGACUCCAGCAGAGCUUGCAAAUGUGGAGCAUUUAGACGAAUUUCAUCCUCCAGUUUGGAUUACUGACACUGCACUUCGCAAGUCUCCUUUUGUUCCUCAAAUGGGUGAUGAGGUAAUAUAUUUUCGACAGGGUCAUGAAGCUUAUAUUGAGGCUGUCAGAAGAAAUAACAUUUAUGAACUGAAUCCUAACAAGGAACCAUGGAGAAAAAUGGAUCUAAGGGAUCAAGAAUUGGUCAAAAUAGUUGGAAUACGAUAUGAGGUUGGGCCCCCUACACUCUGUUGCCUCAAACUAGCAUUUAUAGAUCCAGCGACUGGAAAACUUAUGGACAAAUCUUUCUCUAUUAGAUACCAUGAUAUGCCAGAUGUUAUUGACUUUCUCGUAUUACGUCAAUUUUAUGAUGAAGCAAGGCAGCGGAAUUGGCAGUCAUGUGAUAGAUUCCGCUCUAUUAUUGAUGAUGCUUGGUGGUUUGGAACAGUGUUAAGUCAAGAGCCAUAUCAACCACAGUAUCCUGAUAGUCAUUUCCAGUGUUACAUUGUUAGGUGGGAUAAUACUGAGAUUGAAAAACUUAGUCCAUGGGAUAUGGAACCAAUUCCUGAUAAUGUUGAUCCACCUGAAGAAUUAGGGGCGAGUAUUUCUGUCACAUCAGAAGAGCUGGAAAAAUUGCUCUACAAACCUCAAGAUGGUGAGUGGGGCCAGAAAUCAAGAGAUGAAGAAUGUGACCGAAUUAUUAGUGGGAUAGAUCAGCUUUUGAAUCUUGAUAUAGCAGCAGCUUUUGCAGGCCCGGUUGAUCUAAGUACAUACCCAAAGUACUGUACUGUAAUAGCUUAUCCAACAGAUCUUUACACAAUUCGAAUGAGACUUGUUAAUCGAUUUUACAGGAGGCUGUCUGCAUUAGUUUGGGAAAUCAGAUACAUAGAACAUAAUGCCAGAACAUUUAAUGAACCUGGGAGUGUAAUCGCAAGAUCAGCUAAAAAGAUAAGUGACCAACUUUUAAAAUUUAUCAAGAAUCAACACUGUACAAAUAUCUCAGAACUUUCUAACACAUCUGAAAACGAAGAGCAAAAUGCUGAGGAUUUGGAUGAUAGUGAUCUUCCUAAAACAUCUUCUGGAAGAAGGAGAGUCCAUGAUUGGAAAAAAAGGAGCAGCAGAGCUACCAACUAUGUUGAAAGCAACUGGAAGAAACAGUGUAAGGAACUAGUGAACUUAAUUUUUCAAUGUGAAGAUUCUGAACCAUUUAGACAACCUGUUGAUUUGGUUGAAUAUCCAGACUACCGAGAUAUUAUAGAUACCCCAAUGGAUUUUGGAACAGUAAGGGAAACUCUAGAUGCGGGAAAUUAUGACAGUCCUUUGGAAUUUUGCAAAGACAUCCGGUUGAUAUUUAGCAAUGCAAAAGCAUAUACACCAAACAAAAGAUCAAAGAUUUACAGUAUGACCUUGAGAUUAUCUGCCUUAUUUGAAGAAAAAAUGAAGAAAAUCACUUCUGAUUUUAAAAUUGGUCAAAAAUUCAGUGAAAAAUGUCGAAGAAGCCAGAGGUUCAGGCAACGGCAAAAUUGUAAAGGUGUCAGUCAGGCUAACAAAAGUACCAGAAAUAUCAAGCAGAAGCGGUUAAAAUCUCAGACAAAAGCAAUCCUUGAGUUGGUAGAUUCUCCUGCCCAGCCUGCUUCAAGUAGGGCAGCUUAUUCUGCAACACGCAAGACAAGUGCUGGGAUCUCUUCAGGUGUUACUUCUUGUGACUCUUCAGAUUCAGCAGGAUCAUCAGAAAAAAUGAGAAGAGGUAGACCUGUAACUCUAACAAAUGGCUCUGUGUUAUCUGAAAGUGAAAUGGAAGAUUUCUUAGCUAUUUCUCCAUCAUCUUCAGCUUCCAAUAGUUCAGAGGAAAGUAAAGAGAGUUCAAGAGCUUGUGAAUCCUCCUUACGUAGUGGGCUGUCAAGAAGUCUUAGAGUGACCAGAACUAGAGCUGCUCAAAGAAAAACUGGUCCUGUUUCUUUAGAAAAUGGGUAUGGCAGAAAAGCUACUCGAAAGAGAGUCUACUUGAGUGACUCUGAUCACAAUUCAUUGGAGACAGGUGAAAUUUUAAAAGCCAGAGCUGGAAAUAACCGAAAAGUCCUACGCAAGUGUGCUGCUGUGGCUGCCAGUAAGAUAAAGCUAAUGAGCGAUGUAGAGGAGAAUUCUAGCUCUGAAAGCGUCUGCUCUGGACGGAAGCUGCCUCACCGCAAUGCUUCUGCUGUAGCUAGAAAAAAGUUAUUACAUAAUUCUGAAGACGAUCAGAGCUUAAAGUCAGAAAUUGAAGAAGAGGAACUAAAAGACCAACAUCAGGUGUCACCAGUAUCCAAUUCUUAUGUUACCCAGAAUAUUGUCAAUGAAUCCGAAAAUGGAGAUUCAGAGUCAGAAAGUGAUUUGCGGGUAGCCCGGAAAAAUUGGCAUGCUAAUGGUUAUAAGUCCCAUGCUCCAGCAACUUCUAAAACAAAAUUUCUAAAAAUAGAGUCUUCUGAAGAAGACUCUAAAAGUCAAAAUUCAGAUAAUGGGCAUAACAGGACUGCUGGCCCAUCAACAUCUGGGCAGAAACUUAAGGCACUGAGUAUCUCAGAGGAAGCAGAUUCUGAACCAGGAAAAUACAGUGGUAGGAAAUAUAAUGCAUUUCACAACAAUGCUAAUUUCUUUAAAAAAACCAAGAUCUUGAGUGAUUCAGAAGAUUCUGAAUCUGAAGAACAAGAUAGAGAAGAUGGUAGAUGUCAUAAAAUGGAAGUGAACCCAAUUCUAGGAAAUCUAAAGUGUGAACCUAGUGCUGUGUCCCAGUGUUUCUCAGAUCAUGUGUUUGAGACUGAUUUAGAGUCAGAUGAUGACAAAACAAAAGAAAAACCAAAUAAUUUUAUGAAAGAUUCUGCAUCACAAGACAGUGGACAAAGCAGAAAAGUUUCCAGGAAAAGGGUCUGUUCCAGUGACUCAGACAGCAAUUCAAAGGUGGCAAAGAAAUCAUCAAACGCUAAAAGGAGUGUCCUGAGGAUUACUAGAAGAUGUACAACUAGAGCUGCCAAUAAGAUGAAGCUCAUAAAUGAUGUAAAAGAUGUCAGUCUAGAAAACAUAUGCACUAGAAGCAAAAAUAGAAGGAAAAACCCCAUCCGCUUUGCUUCUGCUACAGCUAAAAAGAUACUGAGUGAUUAUGAGGGAGAUGUAAACUGUGAAGUGCCAAAUGAACAGUAUGCUUGUGAGGGUAAGCCAGCUGAACCUGACACAGAAGGUAGUACAAACAAUACUGGUCUAUCCUUACGUGGAGACUUGGGCUCUGAAGGUGUGUUGAAUUCCGAGCACAAGCAGAGGCAUACCAACAGUCACAAAACAAAUGCACCUUCUAAAAGGAAGAAUUCCUCUAUUGGGUCUUCAGAGGAAGAUUCAAAAAGCCAUACUCCAGGCAGUGAGAUUGGUAAAAAAUUUUCUUCUGAGUCAACUUUGACGCAAAAAGCUAGUGCAGAGAAUAACUUUGAAGAGGAGCUGAAUUACGGGCUGCAUAGGUGGAAUGGCAGAAGACUCAGGACCUAUGGCAAGGCUCCCUUCAGUAAGACAAAAGUGAUUCAGGAUUCCCAGGAAGCAGCAGAGACAGAAAUAAAAAGGAAGAGACUGCACCCUGAAUUGGAAAAUGUGAAGAUUUCUGAAACAACUGAGAGUUCAAAGUUUGGACCUGACACUAGUCCCAAAUCGUCAGAUUUGGGAUCUGUUACCGAAUCAGAUAUUGACUGUACUGAUAAUACAAAAGCCAAAAGGAGAAAAACAAAAGGAAAAGCAAAAGUAGUUAGAAAAGGUAAAACUUUUACAGCUAACAUAUCUAAAACUGUGAGACGUCAAAGACAAAGCAAACGUCCUAGGUUAAGUGUGGAUGAUAACGACUGGGAGGAUUUGGACUAUGCAAAAUCUAAAAGAGUUCUUCGACGUUCAAAAAUAAAAACAAGAAAUCAGGGUAGAAGGACUGUGAGAUACCAUGAUGGGGAUGAUGAUAGAAGCUUAGAAAAUGUGUUAGAUUGCACCUUAUGACCUUGAGGGAAAGCUGGUUCAUUUAAGAGGAAGUGGACUGGGAUUUAUGGUGAAAGCUGGCUGUUGAAAUUAUUUUUUUGUCUUACAAUUCAGGGAAUAUAUAGUAUUUAUAUUUUUCUAUGAAAAGUUAUGAAUGUGACUAAAUCAUGACUGUUAUUUUUAUUUGCACUUGCUGGUCUUUGAAGCAGCAUUCAGCACAGGUGCCAAAAUAUGCUUCAUUUUGGGGGCAGAUGUAUUUUGACAGUAUUUGACUACAUAUAGCAAGAGUUUGAAUAUGUUAAAACACUAGACAUCCUGGUUAGCAAAACCAAUGAGCAUUACUUUCAUGGUAGCAAGUGUCAUGCAGUUAUUUUUGGAAUUUGUCAAGAGGUGGUAGUUAACCCCUGUCCUAUAGUAGUAUAACAAUUUCACAACCUAUGUUUACGGAUUCUUCAUAAAUAUUAUGUGCAUACUGAUAUUAUAAUCAUGGAAGGUGUAACCAUGAUUAGUAGACAAGGUACCUACCACUUUUUUUCCCCUUUCCCUGGCUACUUGAGUAGAAUGCAUUAUACCAGAUUUGGUCAUUUUCAUUGAAAUGGUUUCCAAUUUUCUUUUUCAAAUGUUGUUUGGGUCUUUCUCUUUUUCUUUUUAAGAAUAACAUAAUUUUAUUUUACAAACUUGAACUUAUAAAGUGCUGGUAAAUUAUUUUUAAUGUUUUAUUUGCAUAUUUUAAAACUUUAAGGCUAAAGCAUAGUCACAGAAUUUUCUUUUAAAUUGUACACUAACAAAAUGCUGUAUAAUUUUUCUUCUGUCCAAGAACUCCUGGUCUCCAAAAUCUUGCCCUUCCAUAAUCUUACUCUGUGAAAUAGAGGAGUUUGUGUGCCUUAGAUUUAGGGAAAGUGUGUUCUUUAAUAGAGUGUACAGGGCUAAAAGAAUGUGUUAAUAUGUAGAUUCACCCAUCUGUGUUGAAACUGUAGAGUCGUAUUUGGUUACAGAGUGCAAUUGCAGAUUCUACCUAAAUGGGAAGAUAGUUAAAUGUCAUUCUCCAUCUCUUUUAGUUUACUGCUGCCGUGUGCAAUCCUAAGCAUUCUUUGCUGGGGGAACUAAGUGUAUCUUUAAUAGUGACCUCUAUUCUAAAUGUAAGAAACUGUCAUGUUUUUGUGGGAAAGUAAUUUGGGGAUCCAUUUAAAGUGAAACUUUAUUACAUCAUCAAAUAUUUAUAUUUAUUUUCUAGCCAAAUACUUGAUAGGUUACGCUACUCCAGUGUAGGUGGCCAUUCCUAGCUUGUUUGUGCCUGAAGAUGGACUUGAUUCAAAUGGUUUACAUAUUUAGUAGGUAAGGAGUAUAGUACAGUACUCCUGCCUUUAAGUUAUUUAUUGGCCCUAAUUGUGUUUGAUUUUAGACAAAAUUAACCCAUCUCUCCUAUGAAUCCUUGAGGUGGCAGAUAAGGAAAAGUGUCAGACUUUGGUAUCACUGUUAGAGAGUGGUGUUAAGUGUUCCUACCUUUUAGUUAUCUUUUCCAUUCAACAUGGUAGGAGGUACUUUUUCUUUCUGCUCUGCUGUAGGGGAAAGGGACAUUUUUGGACAUUAUCUAUCUCUCGUGUGGUGGCUUAAAGAGCUGUCAACACUUCAGAACUAUUAUGAUUUUCUUAAAGCUUGUGUUAAGCGUAUGGUAGACAGAUUAAUUCAUGAUACAUGUGUCCUCCACCAUUGACCUGAAGAAAUGAACAGAUUUUAAGAACUGGUGAUAGACAUCAGAUCCAUUAAUUUAUAUAAAUUCUUCUUAAGCUUAUUUGUUUUAUAAUUUGUUCUCAGGGUUAUUAACUCCAUGUUUACUAUCAUCUGCAAAAAAAAAAAAAAAAUACCAAAAAAUCCAUAAAUAAAUACAAAGUACAUUUGUAAGUACAUGAAGCUUUGGUAAAUUGAUAAGUUUGAUAGGUUAGAUUUUAUUAAUAGAACUAUUCUCAUUCUUUGGCUUUAAUUGGUCAUUGUUGCUCAACCAUUUAUUAAUUUUUCUUUCAGUCUAAAUGGUUAAGAUCCUUGUUUAUAGAAGUAGUCUUUUGGCUUAGUAAGAUUUGGUUUCAUCAGAAAAAGCAAGACUAGGCCUGGUGACUUUAACAGCAUGAAUGACAAUGGUAGCUUCUCAAGUUCUGGAAUAAAGCUAAGGGAUGUGCAGACAUUUUUUAUGGGUUUUUUUGGUUAUGGUGCUAUGCCUAAAGUUAAUUUUGAAUAUGUGACACUCCUAAGUACCUUUAAGGAAAAUUAAUAAAUCAUUAAUAGUAGACAGUGUUUACAGUGAGCACUAGAACAUGUUUGACUUUCUUCUACUUUGUGCAAAGUGCACAGGGAUUUAAUGCACAGAUACACGUUAAUGUUCAGGAUCAGUUUGUAUUUUUCUUAAGAAAAAGACAAAAGGUUAUAAAUUGAAUGUGAACGGAUCUAGAUAUCAGUGCUAUCGCUUUCCUUUGCACUUGGAGUUCAACAUAAUGGUGUAUAUGAAAAAGCAGUUUCUACUUUUUGUUUCCUGUAGUUGUUGUGUAUGUCCAAAGUCCUGUGAAUUUAUUCAUUUAUGAAUUCCAAAAAAAGGUUUUGAAGUAUUCAGGUUUGACUUUUGUUCCUUUGAAAGACUAAUUUUACUAAACAUAUUAAGGAAAAAAGAUAGCAAACAUUUAAAAGAUGGGAUUUAAAAAGCAUUUUCUUCAUGAUCUACUUACUUUAAAAGGGUGUACUUAUAAUGUGAAAUAACUUAUGAAUAAAAAGAAAAGUUAAUCCCAUGUUCAGGUAAUUCCUAGGGUGGUCAUUGUUCCCCUCCCCGCCUUUUUUAGUGAAAAAUCUUGGAUUGAGUCAUUUUUCAAUUUAGUAAUCCUUGAAAAGUUAUAACAGAAAGAUUUCUUCUACACAGUGGAAAGUUGUACCUAAAAAGGAAUCAAUUUUAUAAGAAACUAGAGGGAAAGAACUUAAGUUUUAAGAAAAGGCAUUUCAAAACCUGGAAGUGUAAAUGCGAAAAAGGGAUAUAGAACAAACCAAUAAAAAUAACAUAUUAUUACUGUUCAAAAAUUAAGAAUCACAUGCAUCACUAAGUUCCAUGCACUCAUUGAUGACCUCUUCAGAGAAAAUUCUAAUACUGGGUGUGCACUGCAUUCCGUGUCUCUUCUAGACUUUUCUCUUUAGAAUAUUCAGAACACAAUUUAUUAAGCUCAAUGUAUGGUACUAUAAAUUGGAAGAAUUCUAAUCUGUCAGUACAAGUUGACGUUGAUUAGGCCAAUUGGAAAAAAAACCCUAGAGGUCUGUAUAUCAGUAGAAUGCAAGAACAUUGUUAAAGGUGCCAAUGUAUUUGCUUUUCAAGUAACAUUUAAGUGGCAAGAAAAAGGUCCUUUUGCCCUUUGAUAGUUGAAAUAAAUAGCCAGCUCCAUUCUUUUCAUCAGUAAGUCAGAAUAUUUACUUUAUCAGCUAUCUUAACAGUUACCACCAAACACUGUAGUUUUCUUACAUUGUGUGGAAAUAAUAGUUCAGUAAUUCUAGUAUGAUGAUCCAACAGAACAUCAUAGAAGAGACCUUCACAUGUUAGUUAUUUCUAAAGUUAUACCUCUGAACUUCUGUAGAUAUCAGAGAAUACUGAAACAAACUCUAGGAAAGUGGCAGCUUAACGGUUUGAGAGUGUCUUUUAUCCUAUGUAGUAUUUGGGAACAUAAGGACCAAACCAAAUAAAUUUGUCAAAGCUUGGGAGAAAAUGGAGCACUGUGGAAAAAAAUUAGGCUCCAACUAGAUUAGUAAAUGUUAAUUCUAUUGUAGUUCAAAUGGUGAAUUAAAGAAAGGGCUGAAGGGUAAAGGAUGUCAUGCUAAGGGUUGUGUUCUGCCUUUGAAGAAGUUUUUUAAGCUCUUAAAUUACAAAUGUUGCCUGGUCAUCGUUAAAGACAUUUUUACCAAUCAUCCAAGCUGAUUCCUAAUAUAUUGUUAAAUAGGUAUAAAAAUAUCAAGAUUCUUAAUUGGUAUGUGCUGGCCUCUUUAGAUUUGAUGGAGGGAGGAGAGAGUCACAAUGUUCACAUCUGAAGGCGGCAUGUAAAUGACUAGACAGCUCAUCUGUCUCUCAAGUGUGGCAGGGUUGGUUGUUUUGUUGAAUGUCGUUAUCCAUGCCAGACCUUGUUUUCUGGUCAUAUUUUAGUUCUUAUGUCAAUUUUAAGGUAAGUGUUAACAUUUAUUAAAACUCUUAAAUGGGAAUUUGGACUACCAAAGAGCAGAGGCAAUCUAAUUGACCUAAUUGAAAUGAGAGAUCUCUUAGACAAUGUAUAGACAAUAGCAGCUUGACCCUUUCUUCCACAAAGUAAAUGAUUUAGAAAUUACCUAUUUGAACUUAAAUUUCUAAGUGUAAGUCCUCAGACUGCAUUUUCACAUUCAGUUCACCUAUAAAAUUUCAACCAUGUCAUCACAGGAGCCUGUCAGAAAAGCAAAUCUUUACUUUUCUACUCUAGCAUAAAAUAUUUUAAGGUUCUACAUUAAUUUAAUUAUCUAGGAACCUGUUUUUAUUUAAUUAGUAACUAAAAUGGCAGAGUAUAAAAAUUUAGCCCUGCCAUCUUAAAAUAGCAAAAGACUUUUUAAAAGCAAAACAAAAACCACUCCAAGCCGCGUACCCUAGCUGGUUUGUCGUAAGGUCUCCACUAGGCAGGCAGUUUCCCUUGCAACUCAUCUUUACCUCUUACCCUACGUAGUUCCCUACUGGUAAUUUCUUCUUGUGAAGGCAAAAUAGAUGGAGGCAAGGUGUAAAUACGAGCUGGGAGGAACUGAAGUGAGAUUGCUUGAAAAGGGAUUUUUUACUAGAGAUGACCCUGUCCCUGUGCAUUAAAGUAAUAAGGUAGAUUGAAAACCCAGUAUUCACUUCUGUUACUUUAUUCUACCUACAUUUAGUGUGAAAUGCUCUAAGAUCUCUUAGAAAAAGUUAAUUGAGUAGGUAAGCAUAGGUCUCUAAAUUCUAUUAGAUUUGUAUCAAAUUGGCAGUAGCCAUUAGAUCUUUUGAGAAUUGUAGGAAUGAUUUACCAAUUAUUUUCUAGGGAUGAGAGAAAUCUGUUGUGAUGAACUAGAUUGGGUGUAGUUCCAAAACAAAUUUCCAGGUUGUGCAGUGCCAUAAUUAAGUAAAUUGAACCUUAAGAAUAACUACACUCAUGAAGAACAAUUCCAGUUUACUGAAUUGUUUCCGAUGGUAAUAACUUUAAGAAUAACUAAACUCAUGAAGAACAAUUCCAAUUUACUGAAUUAUUUUUGACUUGAUGCUGCCAUGGAAGUUUAAGACUACAAUGUUAUUAGCUUCUAGAAAAUAGAAAAGUGUUUUACACUGACUUAAUAGAAACCAUUUUAUUCUAUGGCCAUUCUCUAAAGAUAUUUCAGUUUAUGGGAUCCUUUUGGAAAUGUAUGCUUUGGGAGGAUGAAGAUUAUUGAUAAAUGCUAUUUGCGUUCUUAGUUCCGGGGUCAUUUCAUUGCUUAUCAAUGAAGGGCAGACAAGAGAGGACAUCUCCGGACCAGGUCUGAUAAAGGACUUGCUCAAGGGAGGUCAUCAUUUCCAGCUAUGUGGAUUUGAUUUAUCUAUCAACAACAGUGAUCAGUAAUAUCAGGACUUCAGAAGAGUGUAUGAAAUAGGCUAGUAUAUUUUCAUUUUUAGCCAGACAUUUUAUCAUACUCAAUUUUGUUUAAAUGCUUCAAUUUAACAAAUAACAGAUUUAAAAAUUUUAAUACUUCUACAGUAAUGAUGUGAAAUUUUUGGACUUGCGAGUUUUGUAUGAUGAAAUACCAUAACUGGAAUAUGAAUAAUCCUUAAAAUAUAGAAACUAGAGAUUAAUAUUUAGAAUCAGAAUUGUCCUGUCUAUAUCCAAGCUUCUAUUCACCACAGGUCGUUUUAGAACACAGAUAUCUGUGAGUUACAGUUUAAAGUGGCCCUUCAGGUAGAUUGUCAUGGAGUGCUACCCCAGAUGGAAACCCUUCCGAUACUUAACGUGUUUUACCACACCCCAAUCGGAGAUCGUUUACAGGAAGGCAGCAGUGCUACAGGCACUCAGUGAUUUUCCCAGCGCAUGUAACUGACACAACAUCAUUGGGGGAACCUGAGGAUUUAUGGGAUCUUACUUAGUAUUAAAUGAUAUUGUCACAAAUGUAUUAGAGCAGCAUCCUCCAAAGUUCUUAAGCUUGUACCCUAAUACAUUCAAUUUCUAACUUCUGGAUUAUCCUGUAUACAUUUCUAAAAACUAGUUUUCUCAAGGAGAGUAAAGCACUUUAUAACUU